UUGAGAGCAGUCUGGAAGCCCGUCCCAUUCCCUGCAUAUCCAUGCUGGUGGAGGAGGAGGCGUGUAGCCCUUUUGUUACCUGUAUUAGAGUACCUGGCUGUCGUAAGUUAGUAACAUGGACUGAGUUUGAGAUGUCUUCAAAGAAUAGAAACAGCGAGCGAUGAGCAAAGGUUUUAAACAAAGCGAAAUGCACAGUUUUGGCAGAUCACUGCAGUGAGUGCAACUAGGUUUUUUUUUUUUUUUUUUUACCUGCAAGGCGCAGGAGAUGGGAAUUGUUAAUUAGGCUCUACCGUGAACGUAAGGACGAAUAGGAGGCACUUCCUCCAAGAACUCAUUCACCUUUCAAGUCCGACCCUCUCUCAAGUUUCAUUUUGGAGUUCGUAGCCACCUUUCAGGUCGUCAUCAGCAUCUCACCUGUGCUGCUGGACCAUGGAUUUCACACGGUCGACGAUUUCAAAGGCGCUUCAGCUUGAUGUCGCGGAAAAUAGACGGUAUACGUGCAUCUGGAAGGGUUAGGAAACCUGCCAAUGUGAACGGAAAGCGUGACCACUUUAUGUUACAGUGCAUGGCCUCUGGACAAAGUGGUAACGAUCAUGCACAAACCCCCCCGAAAGCGGAGUGUCUACGUGUUCCUGUGUUUUGGCAUCAUAUACCUCAGACUUGGGGCCCUGUCCUCGGUGGUGGCUCUGGGUGCCAACAUCAUCUGCAACAAGAUUCCUGGGCUGGCACCUCGCCAGCGGGCCAUCUGCCAGAGCCGCCCGGACGCCAUCAUUGUUGUGGGUGAAGGCGCCCAGAUGGGCAUCAAUGAGUGUCAAUACCAGUUCCGAUAUGGACGCUGGAACUGUUCGGCGCUGGGAGAGAGGACAGUCUUCGGUCAGGAGCUGCGAGUAGGCAGUCGGGAAGCAGCGUUCACCUACGCCAUCACGGCAGCAGGGGUGGCGCACGCUAUCACAGCAGCAUGCAGCCAGGGCAACCUGAGCCAGUGUGGCUGCGACCGGGAGAAGCAGGGGUAUUACAAUCAGGAGGAAGGCUGGAAGUGGGGAGGCUGCUCGGCUGACAUCAAAUACGGCAUUGAGUUCUCCCGACGCUUCGUGGAUGCCCGCGAGAUUAAAAAGACUCCACGCCGCCUGAUGAACUUGCAUAACAAUGAGGCAGGCAGAAAGGUUCUAGAAGAAAGGAUGAAGCUAGAGUGCAAGUGCCAUGGUGUCUCGGGCUCCUGCACCACCAAGACCUGUUGGACUACACUUCCCAAGUUCCGCGAGAUUGGCUACGUACUCAAGGACAAGUACAACGAAGCCGUGCACGUGGAGGUAGUCCGGGCUAGCCGACUGCGCCAGCCCACCCACCUCAAGGUGAAGCAGACUCAGGGCUACCGCAAGCCCUUGGAGACAGACCUCGUCUACAUCGAGAGGUCACCCAACUACUGCGAGGAGGAUGCAGCCACAGGGAGUGUGGGCACCCAGGGACGCCUGUGCAACCGCACUUCACCACAUACAGACGGCUGUGACCUUAUGUGCUGCGGCCGGGGCUACAAUACACACCAGUACACCAAAGUGUGGCAGUGCAAUUGCAAGUUCCAAUGGUGCUGCUUCGUCAAGUGCAACACAUGCAGUGAGAGGACGGAGGUGUUUACCUGCAAAUAAGGACGUGAGGAACUCAGUGCCAGGAAUUGGGGCGCAAAGGACUAGCUGAAUGAGGAAGACCUGAGAGAGCGAGAUAAAAGUGUGACUUGGAUCAGUGAGAGAUUUUGAAAUAAAGGAAUGGAAUUUACACUAUCAGCUCUUCAUGGCAUCGUUUUGCACAGCAGAAUCUAUCUAAUUGCUUUUCAGAAAGUAAAUGCUAAAUAUCAGUAGGUAAUACCCCAGAACUUUACUGUCACAUAGAGGUUAUGCUCAUGUACUGAUGUAUCCACAGUGAAGUUGGGACUACAGGUAAUGAAUGAGGCCCUCUGUGGGAACUGUGCAUUGCACUCUGGGAAUUUUAAGUGUUAAAUUCACAAGAGACUCAUGCAUGGAGAGGAAACACAGUAACCCGGGAGUUGAUCAAAAUGACAGCAGCUGAUGAGGGGUGACUGAGAGAGAUUUGUCAAGUCUUAAUUGAAAACUUUAAAGGUUUUGUCAUAUUUUCACUAAAGGGGAAAAAAGUGAAUCUUGACAUGAAUAACACCCCCAAACUGACUGGGGCUUAUGUUGGAGGUUUGCAGAAAUGAAGAACAUUUUAUAAGUAUGGUGCGUUGGGGUGCGCCAAAAUCUGAGUGGAGAACUCUGUUAAACCCUCUGCUGCCAACUGGAAUAUGGUGGAGUAUGUUAGUUUUCCAGUCACACUGGAACUGUCUGUUCUGAACACUGAAAAUAAAUUGUUUAUUUAUGUUAUAGUAUCUUAAAACGAAGCACUAACGGGUAGAGAUGUCUUUUUUGUACUAAGUGUAAAGAAAAAUACUUUUUAGAAACUCUGACUGAAGAUGUGUGUCUAUUAGAAAAUGACCCCCCCCCCCCCAAUCCCUAAAACACCUCAUCUUUUCUUUAAAAAAAGACAGAAAAAAGGGUUUCGUUGCUACUGGUGUGUUGACAACAAAAGACAUCAUUACAGUGUGUUUCACAUUCAUACACCUUGGUUCUAUUUUACUGUAGCAUAGAUUGAUUGCAGUCCCUUUUCCCCGAGCAGUAACAUCUAUUUGGAUGCUUUUACAAUUUCAGUUAAGAACAGUAGCAAGAAAACUAAUUUAACUGCAGAGAUCCUUCCUCAAUUCAUUAAACAUGAAAUUGAUAUAUUGCUGGAUGUGUUGUCAAGUGCUGCACUGAUAUUUUCUAUUCAGAUACAACUCAUGAGAACUAAAUAAACUCCCAUUUGACUCAGUUUGGCAGUUCAUUGCUAAAAUAACUGAAGCUGAACCUGCAGUCUGCCUUAAGUAAUAUUGGUUAAUUCAUUUCAAAAAUAUCUGUAAAGCUGUGGUCAGUGGAGUAAUGAUUAAUACAACCAUACACCCAUGCAUAUAAUAGCAGAGGUAACCAAACCCACAGAAGAAAUUAUCACGCUGCCAGACAAGAAUUGAUCAUUUUUUUCAUUUAACACAAGGCUAACCUGGGUCUGAUUCCCACUAAUUUGUUCUCAUUAGGGUUAGAGGGGAAUUUUGCUCCUUGAUAGAUUAGCUCUGUUCUAUUAGAUCGGUACAAUGGUAUCAUAACUGAUAGGAAGAACGGCCGGAACUAUUAAAAUUAGUUAGGUGCUGUAACUAUUUCUUGAUGAACAACAGAACCUCUGGGCAACGUCUCUGCUGGUUGCAGGUGACAACAAGAAAGUCAGUGCAGCCCAGUGUUGUUCUUCAAUAAACUGUUAAAGAAUUUAACUCACUGUAUUUUUUGAACUUGGCAGAGAUGCAAGCUAGCAACCCUAUUUCCAGUCUUUAUGCUAAGCUAAGCUAAUUGCCUUCUGGCUCCAGCUCCAAACUUGACACACAGACAUAAGAGUGGUAUAGAUUGUCUGAUCUAAGUGUGUGAAUAUAAGAUAAACCACAGGCUAACACUUCACUUGGGGCUGAGAAUGUGCAGUGCUCUGGGGCACUUAAAGUUAUAACCACUUUUUUUUUUUUUUUUUUUUUGGGGGGGGGGUAUUCAUGUUGUUGCCGUCUAUUCAGCUUUAAUCUACAAUACCAUAUUUUUCAAGCUCAUGAGGUUUACAGACUGUAUAGGCCAGUUUAUCUUUUGGUUUACAUAUUAAUUCAUAAAUUUAGAAUGUAUUAUAACUUUUGCACAUUUAUAAUAAUCACAUAUUUUAGAGAUUUAGAGAGACUGAUGUUGCCUAGUCUUGCACUUUGCAUGAUUAGUGCUGUUUAGUUUGUAGUAUGUGCAUCAGUUUUAACUUAUUUUAUUUCAGUAGAGGUGCUACUCAGAUGGAUCACGCACAGUUACCAUGUAAAUAGUUUUGCAUAUUUACUCAGUUAAAGUAACUUAUUGAUAUAUCUAGCAUAUAGCCUCAUUCUGACAUUCAUGUUUUCUUCUGAAAUAGAUUAAAAUAACUCCAAGUGGAGGCAUCUCAAAAAAAUCACAUUUCCUUUGACAAGAAUGCAAAUACAUUUCCACACAUAAAAUGCUGAUGUGUCUUUCAUGUAAUGAUGAGUUGUAUUAUGAAACAUACGAGAAAGCUUAUCCUUGAACCCUGAGUAAGGAAUCCACAUUCUUCAUUUUAUUGCUCAACGCCUGUUGGUACAAGAAUGUUCCCACUCAGUGUUCAGUUGCCCAUAUCCACUGUUCCAACAAAUAUCCAAAGCUAUUAUUUUCAUAAAUUCUCUCCCUUCGAAGAAAAACACACACAUUAAAUUUGGUCAUUGUGUGUGUCCAGGUUCGAAGCCAAACUUUAUGUAGAAGUCUGUUAUUCAAACAUUCCAACCACGCUUAAUAUAGUAACUGGCAAAUGCAUUAGGGAGCAUAAAUUGUUAAAAAUCAAAAAUAAAUAAAUCAAGCAGUGUGCUGACUUUGACAUUAUUUUGUACACAGCACAUGUUCAUAAUAUGCUGUGGUCGUUUGUCUUGAUUGUGGCACGCACGGAACAGAAGUCAAUUAUCUCUCCCAGCAUGGAAAGGAGCUUCUUCUCCAUGUCUGUGUGAUCAGAAACACAGAAAGAGAAGGAAAAAAACAACAAGUAAAAAGGAUUAUGGAAAACAGUGAUUUUCCAUUAAAACUAAAUAGAACCCCCCCCCCCCCCAAAAAAAAAAAAAAAAAUCCCCAGUAACCCUGCAAAAUGUGAUUAUUCAUCAAGUUGGAAUUGGUUUUUGUUUAACGAUGAAAAGAUGGGGGGUUUUUGCUGCAAAUUAAUUGGGGCUGUCUGACUUGGGUGGUCACAGCCACCUGUGACACCCACAGUAAAUCUUUACCUCAUCACUUUGCAUGUUUAUUUUCUGUUGUGGUUGGAACAGCAGAUGAUAUCAGUGGUGUGUUCUCAAAGCAUGUUGCGGUACAAUUCACGACACUCAGGAUAAACUAAAUGAGGAUUUAGGACGUGGGAUGACAGGAUAACUGGCUCAACACUCAAGCCACUCAUGCUCUCUGUGUUGGCAGAGCUGUUCGGAGUCACUAAAUGGGAAGAGAACCUUCAUGCAAAUGACCUGAUGUGAAUAGGAAGUGGCUCAGUGUGCCUCUUGUUUUUAGACACACAAACAAGAGUGUAGUUCUUUUGUGAGGGUGUUUUUGAGAUGGAUGGGAUGGCUUGAUGAAACAAGGAGGUGCAUGUGUAGCCGGAAACUGCAAGUGAAAAGAGUGGUUAUUUAGAAGAGGAGCUAAUUGAGAGCUGGUUUGGAGAAAGAGUGGGUACACCAUGUAAGUAGGAGCAGCUGUCGAACCAAGUUGGGGGCUGUGUGCUAAGCAUGAUAAAAGAUAUGGUGAAAGAGUUUUCAGCUUUGGAAUAAUUACAAUGAUUGAUUCAUUUUUCCAUCUUUCUGGCCUUCAAAAUGAUGUACCCUGGGAUAAUCUCUAGUUUCAUACUGAUUUUCAUUGUCAAUGUUGCUGAACACAGAAAAUGAAAAAGCUUAAGAGUUGAUAGAUGUCUUUAUUUUUUUAGGUAGGGAUUUUGCAAUCUAUUACUUAAAAUAAUUUACAUUAUUCAUAAAUUUCCAUUUUGGACACUAUCACUGUCAGUGGUUCCACCCAGCUCUUUCUAUGAAGUGGCUCUGUGAAAGAGAGUCAUGCUACUUCAUUCAUUAGCUGGACGCUCCCACUUGUCCUCCUGUAUGUGAAAAGCAUUGUAGGUGGGCAGCAGAGCAGAAGUAAGAUGUGUUUUGUUAGUUGUCUGAAGCCCUGGGGACCGGAACCGCGUAAGCUCCCCAUACUAUGCCCUGGAUUGAGAAAAAUAAAUCCAUUUGUUUCUGACAAACAUUUUGUCAUUAAAAAUAUGAGAUAGAAAAACAGAGUCUGCUGUGUGUGCCUUCUUCUAAAGCAGCUAUUGUUUGGGUGUCAGGAUCAUUAGUUCAUUGGGAUAUAUUCUGCAAGCUAAUGCUUCUGGUCUAAUUCACACUGGGAGCUACGCACCCACUUUUCCAAUUCAGGGCCCAGUUAGGAGGAAAGACAGUUGUGAGGUAACAUGACCACUGAAAUCACUGGAAAGGAUGUAGCUGACAUCUGCCAAGGCCAUGUAUCAACUUUAUGCAAAUUUAUCAUAUGAUACUGCUAUUCAGAGUUCACUGGAAAAACAUAUCAGGGUUUUCAGUGCUUUGGGACACCAGGGUAGCUUUAAUUGACUCCAAAGAGGAUGUGAAAGUCAUGAGGCUGCCAGCUUUCAUUUACCCAGAUUGAAGAGGACAGGGAAGACAGAAAACUGAAAAAAAAUUGUGAUGGUCAUUGUCUUCCUUGUCCUCUGAAAGCUUAAAGUGAUUUGAACCAAUAAAGUAGUUCAGAACAGGUCAGUCCUCCAGAGUGAUUUCCUCAUUUGGCUGACAAAACCUUUUACCAUCUGCUAUAAAAAGAAUUCGUAAUGGCUGUCUAGACAAUUGAGUGGAUGAUAACCAAAGACAUCCAAAACAACUUUUAGUUUAGACUUUCUGGGGGCUAGUUUAGUGCAAAUUGUAUACCAUUUGAAAAAUGACAUCCAGUCUAGAUAGUAAUUCUCAAAAUUGUCCUGUUUUGCGAAGUGACAAAAGCCCUCCCAAAUUCCUUUGAUUUAACUCCAAUGUUCUGCCUCCUCUUGUAAUUUGUAACUUUGGCAAAGUAAGACAGAGUUAGGAAUGUUCAGAUCAGAAGCUUGGCCCCUCAAAGAUAAGACACAUCUGCAAGAGGGAGGAGGAGAUAGAAUCACGGGUGGCAAGAAAAAAAAAUUACCCAAAUGAAGGGAUGAAAUUAAAAAUCUAGGAGUCAGAGGACUUCUUAGCUGAUGCUUGAGAUUAGCCAGAUACCAAGUGAGAAGAAAAGGAUUGUUGUCUUCCAGACGCCGCACUUCAAUUACAGACUCCUUCUCAGUUGAGGAAAGGGAUGUUUAACAGUCCCAUGGAUGACAGAUUACACUGGGGCAAUCCUUUAAGUCUUGUUUGUUAUUCCAGGAUGUGAAGGCUUUGGUUAAGGUGAUACAAAAACAUGGAAGUACUACUGUGCUGAAAAACACCUCUUAGCAACCCUUGUGGACAGAAAUGCAAUCAGUCUUUUUGCCAUGAAAGUGCUGCUUUAAAAUGUUAAAAUUCUCAACAAAGCAGAAGAGCACACACACACAAUACGGUUUUAACACUGCCCGCAACACAGCCUGCAGCAAUUAAGAACGCAUAGUCUUUUUUCAUGUGAUCGCUUCAGAGUGGUGUUUUUCUGUGUUCCUUUAACUUUGUUUUGACUGCUUGUCUUAGUGAAAGACCAUCAUUUGGAGGUUUCUCAUCAUCUGUUUGAUAUUAGUGGUGAGGAACACAUGGCCAUUCAAAGGCAGAGCCCUGUGUGACAUCAUAGACCACAAGGCAAAGUGGGGAUCGUCAAGACCCCAGACUGAGGACUCUGAACACUACCUGACUGCCUCCAUCCAUCUGCAACUGUAUUGUCCAAGUGCUGUGCCAGCAUGGGUCUCUGUUUCUGGUGCGUGCUUGGGGUUUUUGCAGAGGCGUGCGUUGUCUCUUCUGCACAGACAGCAGAGAUCUGAGAGGCCUUUUUCAGAGUAUCUUCAGUGUUAUAUCAAAAUAGCAUGUACAGCACAAUAAACUGAAACUGAAAUCAAAUGUCAAACUAAAUAGUAAAUAUUGUGCAUGAUUAUUUAAAUGAAAAGAGAGAAAGAAGGUGGGGUACAACAGUACAGUUUUAACUGAAGAGUUUAGAUGUAUAUCCCCCGACCAAACACCUACGUGCAGACAAAAGCAACCUCUGUCCUACAUUUGGUUGUGACUGAACAGGUUCAAAAAUGUCUGCUACAGAAACUGUAAAUAACUUUAGAUUCACAGAUAGCGAAGUGUAUAUAUAUAUAUGCAGACAAGACAUUAGCCUGGGGAGUAAUGACGCCCAAUUUGGCAUGCACACCUGUUUAUGUUGGACUAGGUUAGUAAGCGGUGCUUGUAAAAUAUGAGCGAGGUUAAUACUUAUGCGGUGAUGCCCUCAGGCCUCACAGCUACACUAAGGACAGCAUCAGCAGUCUUAGACGAUGGGAUGGGUCUAACCCCAGGCACUGCUGUAUUUGUGUCUGUGCUUGUGUGUGUGUGCAAAGAUCACUGUCGAUUUAAAGAACACUAAGCAUUUAUUUGUCUGCUCACCCCACUUCAUGUUUUUUUUCUGCAUGCCUCCUCUAAUAUGUGUGAGUGUGUGUAUCUGCGUCUGCCUGCGUGCAUAUAUGCGUGUGUGUGAGACAGACACAUCCCUAAUGGGAAGUGGGUUUCUACGUGGAGACAUUUGGCGGAGGGAGUUCGAGGACAGCCCACACGCGCUUUUGUGCUGCUCAGUGUCCAGUGGUUGGCUAGGCCACGGCUUCUCCUUGAGGUUAUUUUUCUCCUCACGUUUUGUUUUCAUGAAGUGAGGUUGGGGUUCUAAAAGCAGACUCCACCUAGGGAAAAACUAUGAGACCCUUAAGGGCCCUUUUCUUAGCACUUCACCCCUCACCCUCUGAGAGAUGACAUAGAAGAUGAACAUUCUUAAGGAAGCAAAUUACAAUUUUCACAAAAAUUAUAUCUUGGAAAUACAUUUUCCACAGC